AUGGCCGAGAUAAAGAAUGUGAGGAAGAAUGAACUCAUCCUCAACAAUAAAAGAUACUUGGGCAUGAUUAUCCAAAAUACUUUCAAGCUGGAUGAGAUGUUCAAUAUCUACUCCAAUCAGCUAGAUGAUGAAAGGAAGAAACGGGCAACGGCUGUACAGACUUUGUCCCAAUCCGAACAGGAUUUGGCCGAUGCAAGAAAAAAGCUACUUGCUGAGGAGCAAGCUCGCAAGAGCGCUAAUUCGGCCCUGGAAGGCUAUCAAAAGCAGGCCGAGGACCAGGGGAACUGCUUGCGUGAGGCAAAUGCCGAACUCAAGAAGGCUCGGGAACAAAUUGUAGCCCUUAGGAAGCACUUGGAGGAAACUCAAAAGCUGAGGGAGCAAGCUGAAAAGUCCAGGGAGGAAGCCGAGAAAGCAAAAAUCGAGGCCGAACAGGCAACGAAUGAAACUGAGCAGAGAGGCUAUGAGGUCGGUAUAGUUGAGACUGAGGAGGCUUUGAGAGCCGAGGUGCCAGUGGUAUGCCACAUCUAUUGUGCCAAAACUUGGGAUGAGGCCCUUAACCGAGCUGGGGUUGAGGCUUCAUUCGAGUUGAGGAAGCCAGAGAAUGUAUUCUAUCCUGAAGCAAUCCGCCCCUCAGCUCUUCCAACCCAUCAAGCUGAAGCCACUCCCUCAACUGCUAACCCCAAUGAGGAGGUUUUGCCUCCAAGUCUCCCCCCUCCUGGCCUGCCAAAACCAGCUAAAGAGAAUACUGCCCCUCCAAAAGCCUCUUCAGACAAGACUGUAGCUGCUUUUGAGGCAGAGGUGACCUCCCAAAGUUUUCAACAGGAUUUGGCCUCCACAGUCUUGCCAGCUAGGGGAGCUGUUAAGGAUAAAGACGAAGUCACCACCUCGGAGGCAGACAAACCAGCCAGCCAAGCUCCCAGGAUCCAAAUUAAAUUGAAAAAAUAG